AUGACUUCACUUUUAACAAAUACUGUGUCCUGGCACGAGGGCGAGGAGAGAUUACACCACUUGCUUCGAGUCCCUCACGGCGACAACCCGACUGCCCCGUACCUGAGCUCGAGAGCUGCAUAUCUUGUUGAACAAUCCCCCCUGCUUGCCCUGGGCACAUUAGAUUCCCAAGGCCGGCCAUGGUCAACGAUAUGGGGCGGCACAGCGGGCUUUGCAACGCCAGUUGCCGAAUCGCUAAUCGGGCUUCAGACACAGGUGGACAGCAAAUACGACCCCGUUGUGCAGGCAUUAUUGACCGGCAAUCAAACUGAUGCAGACAUAGGAAAGAUGGUAUCGGGGCUGGCAGUCGACUUGGAGAACCGUCGGAGAGUGAAGCUGUAUGGCAGGAUGGUGACGGGCUCCCUGUCUGACGGUGAUGCCGGACAGGCACAGAUGGUUGUCCACAUUGAAGAGAGCCUUGGGAACUGCCCCAAAUACAUGAACAAGAAGCAUAUCGUACCUGCACAGCCUGAUUACAAGCUGAUAUCCGACUCGCCACAAUUGAAUCCUACUGCAGUUGAGCUGCUCUCUCGUGCGGAUACUAUGUUUGUAUCCUCAUCUCAUGGCGCAUCAACCAUGGAUACAAACACCCGUGGUGGUCCGCCAGGAUUUAUGCGUGUUGAAUCCAACAAUGCUAGCGGUGCUGUCCUUGUUUAUCCCGAGUACUCGGGGAACAGACUCUAUCAAACGCUGGGAAAUCUAGAAACAACACCGCUGGCCGGUUUUGUCGUUCCCGAUUUUGACAGCGGCAACGUGCUUUACUUCACUGGAUCGACCGAGAUAUUAGCUGGGAAAGACGCAGCUGCUGUCCUACCAAGAUCGAAUCUCGCCGUGCGAGUCACCAUUGCUGCUGCAAUCUUUGUUGAAAAUGGGUUGGGCUUUCGUGGUGAGGCCGGAGAACCUUCUCCAUACAAUCCUAGCGUGCGAUAUCUCGUCAAUGAGCAAAAGGUCACUGGGACCCAAGAAGACAGUGGUUCAGACACAAUGGCAACUUUAAUUAAAAAAGAAGACAUUACACCAUCCAUCCAACGGUUUCGGUUCCGCAUCUCCGGCCCCAAACCAAUUUCAUGGAGUGCGGGACAGUAUGUCACACUGUCAUUUGAAGAUGAGCUGAAUAUGGGCUAUAGCCACAUGCGAGAUGACGAUCCAACCAGCCUAAACGAUGACUAUGUUCGAACUUUCACCGUAUCUUCGUACCCCGGUCGCGAUAUACCCGCUGAUCAAUUCGAGAUCACGGUCCGACGACAUGGUCCCGUUACUAGAUAUCUCUCUCACGUAAAUGAGCGAGCCGGCCUAGAAGUACCACUCAAGGGAUUCGGGGGAAGCUUCCAUGUGCCUGGAAAGUCCAUCGCCCCCUAUGUGGCGGGCGGUAUUGGCAUCACGCCCCUUCUCGCACAGCUUCCAGAGUUGGAUAUCUCCCAGCUGCGAUUAUUCUGGUCAAUCUCGAUCAAUGAUCUGGGCCUGGUGCAUGAUGUUUUCCAGCGGUGGCCACAGUUGCCCCUCUCAACGACUUUGUUUAUCACCAAUGUGGAGCUCGAUGGAGCCGAUCGGCAGAUGUGGGACGGCAUUCAGUCGUCUGGGGUUCAAAUGAUACGACGACGGAUGCAGGCUGAGGACUUGGACCUUGCACUAGCAGAUGUUUGGUACCUCUGCGCAGGUGUUGCGUUGAAGCGGAUGGUUCUAAAUUGGCUGGUGGGAAAAACGGUGGUCUAUGAGGAUUUCAACUAUUGA